AUGGGUGUCGCUCACUCGCUGUGCUUAUUUAAGCAACAUUUGGUCCCCUCCCUCAACCUGCCUUCUCGAGCCAUGGAGCCUAGUGACGCCGAUCCUCCCGGUGCUGUUUUCCAGAACGAACCGCUGCCUUUCCCAGAAAUUAGCUCCCAUACGGACACCGAGCUUGUCAGCCUGCCCUCUGAUGACGAGAACAAAUCUGAGGCGGACGACACAGACGAUGAUAAUAUGCAGGACGUUGCCAUCGCCGUCUCGCACACCCGUCUCACCCAAGAGAGCGGGUCGUCUGGACCGUGCAGGCCUCAUGGCCGCUUUCGUCAGGCGGUCCUGAACUUCGCAGAACCUCCAUCGCUCCCGAAGAAACGCCCACGGUGCCAACAACCCGCGCCAACAAAAGAGGAUCUCGAGAAGCUUGACAAGGAGAUCGAGGCAGUCGCGGAGAAGUCGGCGUGCAAGAACCACGACGCAUCCAAGGUGCAUCUCCAGGCCAUGGAAGCCGAGCGCCUUGCCCAAGGAACCGAGGUGAGGCAACGAAGCCUCAUGGACAUGCUGAGCAAGGACCCAAUGAUGGCUAGGGUCAUCAAGUGCAUGCAGGCGGCCCAGUGGUGUGCACGUUUCGAUGCCCCGAUUGCUCUCUACCCGCCUAUGGUGCGCUUCAUGGCGGAGCAAGGCUGCCCCGACAUGGUCAAUGACGAAGCAUACGGACGCUACUAUUCAAGGUACGCGUUCGGCGAGUUCAUCGAGGCCCUUGCGCAACACUUGACGGACCGGCAGCUGCAGGACGCCAAGGCAUCCGCGUGGUAUGGACUGUCUUUUGACGAGUCCACUGAUCGCGCGCGAGGCAAACAUCUGAUCAUGUACAUUACCUUCGAGAGAACCGAGGAGGUCGUCACACAGUUUUUCGGGCAUCUCACACUCGACCGCUGUGACGCCGUCUCGAUUUAUGAGGCGAUCCUCGCCUUCCUUCAUCGGAAGGACAUGUCCCUUAACAUGCUCGUUGGAGUGGCCACGGACGGGGCAUCCGUGAUGACCGGGUCAAAGGGAGGAGUUAUGGCUCUUCUCAGGAAGAGGUGCCCUUGGCUGGUGGCGGUCCACUGCGUGGCGCAUCGGGAAGCAUUGGCCGCCAAGGAUGCAGCGGUAAGCUUCCCUGAGUUCAAUGUUGUUGACCAGGUGGACAUUACCGAGGUCAAAAACCACGUCGACAAGGUCAAAACGAAGCUUUCGCAGGGCUACGUCGAGCCCAAUGCGUCGUUUGGGCCGAAGAACUCCCGCCUCGCUGCCUUCCUGGCCAAGCAUGGCAGCACGGACAAGCGCGAGCUCAUCAUUCAAGGAGUGGAUGACAACGGAAACCCUACCCGCUCCACGAUCGAGCUUCAUGAGGAGAGCAUUGGCCCUGGCGGGUCGGACUUGGAUGCUUGCUUUGCUCUUGGCAAGCAUUUUGCAGAGCGCUUGAUCAAGGCCCUUGGGAAGCGCAUGGGUGACCUGCGCCACUUCGAUGGUGUCUUGUUUUUUCAGCCCCAUGAGUACCCCAAGCGUGCAGGUGAACAGGAGGCGUGGCUGAAGUUUCAUCUCGCUGAGCUCCAGGACAUGUUCCAGAACCAGCUCCCAGACUUAGAGCCGGAGAUGCGCCUCUUCACCGCCACACUUGAGAAGAAGUUUAAGCACCAGAAAUUUAACCAAGCUCACCAACCAACCCUCGCCUCCCUCCUGUUGCAUAUCUCCCCUGUUCCAUCCCUCUUGCUCCUCAUCCCUCCUGCUCCUCAUCCCUCCUGCUCCUCAUCCCUCCUGCUUCUCGUCUCUCCUGCUCCUCAUCCCUCCUGCUUCUCGUCUCUCCUGCUCCUCAUCCCUCCUGCUUCUCGUCUCUCCUGCUCCUCAUCCCUCCUGCUUCUCGUCUCUCCUGCUCCUCAUCCCUCCUGCUUCUCGUCUCUCCUGCUCCUCAUCCCUCCUUUCCUGCCCCUCAUCUGGCCAGGAGCGGUGGUGGCGAGGCUGAACGGCACGGAGAUCACCAGCACUGCUGGGGAUGUGAAUGCCACGGGCGUCAUCUCCCUCGCUGUCUUCCAAAGUGGCAGCGACUACAACAUUCGCUACGGAGCCAGCAUCCGCCUGACCGCCUCCGGAGCGCCUCUCUCCAUCGCCAUCCGCACCGGCGCUGCCGGCUCGGCAGACAGCGGCGCCGCCCUUCUCGAGUUCUCCGCCACCGAAGCAGCGUGGGCCGACAUGAAUUGGAACGGCACCCGCAGGGACUUUCGCGGCCGCAGGCACGCCGCUCCCGUUCCGAAAUACUUUGGCUUCUUCCGCCCGGCUGUUCGCACCGGUUAUGUGUAUGGGUUCUCUGGCGUGUGGUAUAAUGCCACGCAGUACAGUAACGCGGAUGGGCAGAGCUAUUUCGAUGUGGCGAAUCUGCUCUUGGCGAAUCCGAGCGGGUACUUUGGGAUUGUGAAGACGGAAGCGUUUGCGGAUGGAGCUGCCCGCGGUCAGUUUGCGAAUUUCACCCGCCCGACCCCCGACACGUUCUGGCAGCGCAGCUAG